AUGGCAUCAGCAAAAGAGACAGCCCAGGGUCUCGAGCUGGCGGUUCAAGUGGGCGGUAUGACCCCCUUAAAGGCGAUCGAGGCAUCUACAGCGACUGCUCCAGAAGUCCUGAGCCCUCAAGCUCCCGAAACUGGCAUGUUAAAGGCAGGUUAUGAUACCGAUUUCAUUGCGCUGACGUCCAACCCAUUGGACAAUAUCAGUGUUGUCGCUGACCCAGACAACGUCACACAUAUAUGA